GACGUCACCCCGCUGAAGUCUGAUCUGGAGGAAUCCAGAUGCCUGGCUGAAUGGUGAAUGGGUCCCUUCCAUUUGCAGAAGAACUGUUCGCACUUUUUGAACGACGCCCACUUGGUGAAAUAAUCCUUUUGGUGCUGAAUUCGAUUCUGGGACUGAAUUUUUGAACGAUUGGGUGGAUUUGGAAGAUCUGCAAGGAUUAAACUAAGUAAAAAAUGGUGGAAGAACUGUUAACAACUGAACAAAUUGCAAUGUUGAGAAAGGCCUUCGACAUGUUCGAUCGAGAAAAGAAAGGCAGCAUACAAACAAAUAUGGUAGCUACUAUUCUCCGGACUUUAGGCCAAACAUUUGAAGAAAAGGAUUUAAAAGAACUUAUAGCAGAAAUCGACGUAGAUGGAAGCGGAGAGUUGGAAUUCGACGAAUUCCUUACCCUAACAGCCAGGUAUCUAGUCGACGAAGAUUCGGAGGCCAUACAAGAAGAACUGAGAGAGGCGUUUCGGAUGUACGACAAAGAUGGGAAAGGGUACAUCAAUGUGGCAGAUCUACGAGAGAUUCUGCGGGCUUUGGACGAUAAACUCACCGAAGACGAAUUAGAUGAAAUGAUUGCAGAAAUCGACACAGAUGGCAGCGGAACUGUUGAUUUUGAAGAGUUCAUGGAAAUGAUGACUGGUGAUUAAAUGAUCUAAUAUGUGGCUGAAACCGGUUGGCUUUCUGUGCAAAUUUCUUCCAAGGAUGGUUUCGCACGUUGUAUUUAAAUGCUUACAAUCUAUUCGUAUUUUCUUUUUUUCAUUUUUUGGUUUAAAAAAACAGAAUUUUUUGCUGUAAAAUAAAAAUUAAUAUGAAAUUUUACAAA